AGGACCAGAAAUCUACUCAGAUAAUUUCAGAUGACUUUAUUAUAGGGAAAAAAUUAUAGACACCUUGCUUUCUGGAGAAGACACACAGCAGCUGUUCUGGGUUUUCCUUUGUCUCAUUUUUGUGCUCUCAAGGAAGUCUCAGGUCUUUGCUUACAAAAGAGAGGGAGAGGCUCCCCAUACACACACCUUGUUUGUACUCUGUUAAAAUAGUUAAGUAUUUUGAGGUAUGUCUCUUUACUCAAUGUGGUUGCCUCAGGAAAGAACUAAUUUCACUAUUAAAGAUACUGUUAUUUUUUCAGUUUUGGCCAGUCUUUUGAGUUAGGGCACCGGAGUUCUUAAUUAGGCAUUCCAUAAGGUUUUGUUGAAUAAAGGCAUUCAAGCUUCAUUGGCAAAUGUGGUUAGGGGCACGAGAAUGUAAACCUGAGGCUGUUAGAUGACUGUCCACACGCUGAGAACAACACAAUAUACGUCAGAUGGAAUGUGUUACUUUUCCAGUUCUCAAAAGGGUUAAAGGGACAGUGAGUGCGCUGCUAUCCAAAGGAGCUGUACUUAGAAGAGAAUAUUGGUUAAAAACAAACCAAACCAAACUCAGUUUUCAGUUGCGAAGCUGCAGUCCACCCUCCAGCCCGACGGGGUCUAUCUGGCUGUGCGUUACCUUCUGCCUGCCUUUCCUGUUAACCUCUGCUGUCCCUAGUGUCUUCCUCCUUCCCCAUUCCUGGUAAAGGUUCAGAAAAAUAUCUAACUACUUCUGCCUGCAGAAGGGCCAUGUUUAAAGACAAGGAUGCAAGAGAUUGCAGAUUUCAGAAAUAAACUUCAAGACAUUUGCCCUUGAUGUGAAAUGUGGGAGAGGGCGAGGCUCCGUGCUCUGUCCAGUGGUGGGAGCAUCACAUCCCCUCCUCUUUCUCCGGCUCUGCCAAAGUAUAAAUUAGCAGAUUAUCGUUAUGGCAGAGAAGAAAUGUUAGCACUUUUCCUUAAAGACUACAAGAUACCUUUUGACCUUUUGGAAAAAGAAUUCCUGCCUAUCCUACAGGAGGAGCCCCUGCCACCAUUGGCUCUAGUACCCUUUACAGAAGAAGAACAGAGAAACUUUUCCAUGUCUGUAAAUAGUGCCGCUGUCCUGCGAUUGACAGGACGAGGAGGAGGAGGAGGAGGAACAGUGGUGGGGGCUCCUAGAGGUCGAAGUUCUUCACGAGGGCGAGGCAGAGGUAGAGGUGAAUGUGGUUUCUACCAAAGAAGUUUUGAUGAAGUAGAGGGUGUGUUCGGGCGAGGAGGUGGCAGGGAAAUGCAUAGAUCACAGAGCUGGGAAGAAAGGGGUGACAGGCGCUUUGAAAAACCAGGAAGAAAAGACGUAGGGAGACCAAAUUUUGAGGAAAGUGGACCAACAUCUGUGGGGAGAAAGCAUGAAUUUAUACGGUCAGAAAGUGAAAACUGGCGUAUCUUCAGAGAGGAACAGAAUGGAGAAGAUGAAGAUGGAGGUUGGCGAUUGGCUGGAUCAAGAAGGGAUGGAGAGCGGUGGCGGCCUCACAGCCCUGAUGGCCCUCGUUCUACAGGCUGGCGAGAACACAUGGAACGCCGCCGGAGAUUUGAGUUUGAUUUUCGAGAUCGAGAUGAUGAGCGAGGUUACCGAAGGGUGCGCUCUGGCAGUGGGAGCAUAGACGACGACAGGGAUAGCUUGCCAGAGUGGUGUUUGGAGGACGCCGAAGAAGAAAUGGGCACGUUUGACUCCUCUGGAGCAUUCCUCUCUCUAAAAAAAGUGCAGAAAGAGCCUAUUCCUGAAGAGCAGGAAGUGGACUUCAGACCUGUGGAGGAGGGAGAAGAGCGCUCUGACUCUGACGGCAGCCAUAACGAAGAGGCCAAAGAACCCGCUAAGGCAAAUAAGAACGAGGGAGGAAAGACAGACAGAGCAGGAGCUGAAGCUAAUGAAGAAGUACCCCAGACGUCAUUAUCAUCUGCUAGGCCAGGCACCCCUUCAGAUCACCAGCCUCAAGAAGCACCACAGUUGGAGAGGAGAGAGGAGCCCAAAGCUGAACAAGUGGAACAACCUGAAGAAGAGACUCGGGGAGAAAAGAGUCUCCCAGUCAAGGGCCCCAGCAGAGGGGAUGAAACAGUGCCUGCCUCCCAGCAGCCUUCGGCCCAGCUCCCUCCAGAUGCAGCCUCUCCUCUCCUCAUCCUUCCACCUCCCGGUCCCACUCCUGCUUCUGCCUCACAGCCAGUUGAGACAGCAGCCAGCGAAGCUCCUGGUGUAGGCGAUGUUCCCACAGAGCCAGAUGAUGAGGAGGGCCUCAAACACUUGGAACAGCAAGCUGAGAAGAUGGUGGCUUAUCUCCAAGACAGUGCACUAGAUGAUGAGAGAUUGACAUCAAAACUGCAGGAGCACAGAGCUAAAGGGGUGUCAGUCCCACUGAUGCAUGAAGCAAUGCAAAAGUGGUAUUACAAAGACCCUCAGGGGGAGAUCCAAGGUCCCUUUAACAAUCAGGAGAUGGCUGAAUGGUUUCAGGCAGGCUAUUUUACUAUGUCUUUGCUUGUGAAGAGAGCAUGUGAUGAAAGCUUCCAGCCUCUUGGUGAUAUCAUGAAAAUGUGGGGAAGGGUUCCUUUCUCUCCAGGCCCAGCUCCUCCUCCUCAUAUGGGAGAAUUGGACCAGGAACGCCUGACCAGACAGCAGGAACUCAAUGCCUUAUACCAGAUGCAGCACCUCCAGUACCAGCAGUUCUUAAUACAACAACAGUAUGCACAGGUUUUGGCUCAACAGCAGAAAGCAGCUUUGUCAUCUCAGCAACAGCAGCAGCUGGCUCUUCUUCUCCAGCAGUUCCAAGCUCUGAAGAUGAGAAUAUCUGAUCAGAACAUCAUUCCCUCAGUAACUAGGUCUGUGUCAGUGCCGGAUACUGGCUCUAUCUGGGAGCUUCAGCCAGCAGCCUCACAGCCUGCAGUUUGGGAAGGUGGUAGUGUAUGGGAUCUUCCCCUGGACACCACGACACCAGGCCCUUCCCUGGAACAGCUUCAGCAGCUAGAGAAGGCCAAAGCUGCAAAGUUAGAGCAGGAGAGAAGAGAGGCAGAAAUGAGGGCAAAAAGGGAAGAGGAGGAGCGGAAGAGGCAAGAAGAGCUCCGGAGACAACAGGAGGAAAUUCUUCGGAGGCAGCAGGAGGAAGAAAGGAAAAGACGGGAAGAAGAGGAGCUGGCUAGAAGGAAGCAGGAGGAGGCUCUGCGACGGCAGCGGGAACAAGAGAUGGCGCUGAGGCGGCAGCGAGAAGAGGAGGAAAGGCAGCAGCAGGAAGAGGCGCUCAGAAGACUGGAGGAGAGGAGGAGGGAGGAGGAGGAGAGGCGGAAGCAGGAAGAGCUGCUACGCAAACAGGAAGAGGAGGCUGCCAAAUGGGCCCGGGAAGAGGAGGAAGCCCAGCGUCGACUGGAAGAGAACCGGCUGCGCAUGGAAGAGGAGGCAGCCAGGCUUCGGCACGAGGAAGAGGAGCGCAAACGGAAGGAGCUGGAGCUGCAGCGGCAGAAGGAGCUGAUGCGCCAGAGGCAACAGCAGCAAGAGGCUCUUCGAAGGCUGCAGCAGCAGCAGCAGCAACAACAGCUGGCACAGAUGAAGCUUCCCUCUUCUUCAACGUGGGGUCAGCAGUCCAGUACAGCACCGUGUCAGUCCCAGGCCACACUGUCAUUGGCUGAGAUCCAGAAGCUGGAGGAAGAACGGGAGCGGCAGCUCCGAGAAGAGCAAAGGCGUCAGCAGAGGGAAUUGAUGAAAGCUCUCCAGCAGCAGCAGCAACAGCAGCAGCAGCAGAAACUCUCAGGUUGGGGCAAUGUCAGCAAACCCCCAGGUACCACCAAGUCUCUUCUAGAGAUCCAGCAGGAAGAGGCCAGGCAGAUGCAGCAGCAGCAACAGCAGCAGCAACAGCAGCACCAGCAAACAAACAGAGCCCGGAACAGCACACAUUCCAACCUGCACACCAGCAUUGGGAAUUCUGUAUGGGGCUCUAUAAACACGGGUCCUCCUAACCAGUGGGCGUCUGAUCUAGUCAGUAGUAUCUGGAGUAAUGCAGACACUAAAAACUCCAACAUGGGGUUUUGGGAUGAUGCAGUGAAAGAGGUGGGACCUAGAAAUUCAACAAAUAAAAAUAAAAACAACGCCAGUCUCAGUAAAUCUGUAGGUGUGUCUAACCGGCAAAGUAAGAAAGUAGAGGAAGAAGAAAAGUUGCUGAAGCUCUUUCAGGGAGUAAACAAAGCCCAAGAUGGAUUCUCCCAGUGGUGUGAGCAGAUGCUUCAUGCCCUUAAUACGGCAAAUAACUUGGAUGUUCCCACGUUUGUUUCUUUCUUGAAAGAAGUGGAAUCUCCUUAUGAAGUCCACGACUAUAUCAGGGCCUAUUUAGGAGAUACUUCUGAGGCCAAGGAGUUUGCCAAGCAGUUCCUUGAGCGCCGUGCCAAACAGAAAGCCAACCAGCAGCGUCAGCAGCAGCAGCAGCAGCAGCAGCAGCAGCAGCAGCAGGACUCUGUUUGGGGCAUGAACCAUAGUACACUCCAUUCGGUAUUUCAGACCAAUCAAAGCAACAACCAACAAUCCAGUUUUGAGGCUGUUCAAAGUGGCAAAAAGAAGAAAAAGCAGAAGAUGGUGCGAGCAGAUCCCAGUUUAUUAGGCUUUUCCGUCAACGCGUCAUCAGAGCGACUCAACAUGGGUGAGAUUGAGACUCUGGACGACUACUGAUGAUGUACUGAUGCUGAGUACCUGCCGCUGUGCCAGCCUUCCCUCCUGCCUAAUGACCAUGGAUUCUCCUCGGUGGACACAACAUGCAUUCACCAUUUGCUCUCUGUCACUCUGCAACAAAUCACAGAACCAAUCAUCUCAGGCUUUUUUUUUCUAGCCCUUCGUGUCCAAGAUUAUUUUAAACCACUGCUGGUGAGCAUCUCAGACUGUCCCUAAGUGGACCAGACCCUUUGUCUUGGGGGUGGCAGUUGAGAUUGCUCCCCAGCAGGGCUGAUAUUGGCAGCACACAUUGACUGUGCAUUGAUUUCAUCUACUGUCUCCUGAAAGUGUGUUGGAAUCUUGCCAAGAGCAGACUCUUUCUCUGGUCACUAUUUUUGUUUGUUUUGUUCUUUCUCACCCCACUCCCAGCCCCACCCCCAGUACAGGCAAAGGGUCUAAACUGGCGCAGUCAUGAAGAGAGUUAAUGGUUAAUUGACAUUGGCCAGCAACAAAUGCUCCCCUGGACAGUGACUCCACUAUUGCCAGAGCCAGGCAGAACCCUGUUUAGAGGUUGCAUGGCCUUUGCUAACUUCGGGAUUGCAUCAGAGGCCCUGAGCAGGUGUAUUGUAGACUGGCUUGUUUGAUGCUGCACAUCCUUCACUUGUUCUUUCUGAAUAUCUUUCUGGAGAAAGGAUUCAUGUUUUCUUCAUUAGCUAGUGAUUUUCCAAGCAAGCUGAGUUCUCUCCUGACAUACUCCAACCUUACUGGACAAAGGAAACCCUAUGGCCUGGGACAGGGACUUGUAAUUUUCCUUUCAUAUAAAAACUGAUUUUUCCCCCCAUAAAUAUUUUUACUUCAAAGGACUAGGACCAGUUUGUUUUGGGCCCUUCUGUGAAAAUUUGUCUCGUUUAAGAGGCAUCUUUACCAUAUGUAUGAAUUUGUGUAACUUCAACUCGGAUAGGGAUAAACUUUCACUUCUGAUAAAAGCUGGGAAUUUCAUCUGUUCCUCAGAGCAGUGUGUGUGUGUGUGUGUGUGUGUGUGUGUGUGUGUGUGUGUGUGUGUGUGUGUGUGUAGCCGUGGCCUUGAAAGGUUUUUUUGUAAAGAUUCUGGGAUGGCAAGUUGUUUGCCCUUUCUGAAAAGAACAUACAAAAUCUGACCAUCUUUAAGACCUUCAUCCAUGGAAACCACUAUGCAGGAGGAUGCAGUGGGAUGGAGGGUAUGGGCAAGAAUGGGAGGACGAGGCCUGCUCCUACCCAUUCACAUCAAGUAGAAAUGUGCUCAAGCUCUAUUUAUAACUGAUGGCCUCCACCAAACGCCUGUAGACCAUCACCUGGGAUGGUCAGGCAUACCUCACGGGAGCUGUGGGCCUGCUGUGCCUGUGCACGAGGUGCUGUGCUGGGCAGCUUGUAGGUGAAGGCCCUUCUCUGUCCAUUGGUACCCGGAGAAGCCGGAGGUGCUCUGAGAGCAGUUUGGUUUUGGAGGGUUAUAUUUGCUUUCUAUUUUUAUUAUUUUGGAUCAUCAUUCUCCCUAUCCCUUCUUGCCUCUCCCUCCUAAACAUGUAUAAUAACUAUACAGAGACUGCUACAAACUUGUAAAUAGUUUUUGGAUCAAAUAGCGUAAGGAGAAUGGGACUCCUAUUCUCCUUUGCUUUGUAAAUUCAAGAGGGGGGUGGGGAAGAGGGAUAGUUAAAAUGUUUACAAAACUUUAAGCUCCCUCGGAACUUUUGCCAGUGUGGAGGAAAAUAAAAAAGAACUUAAAUAAAA